GGAAGGAGGAGCCGCCGCCGCCGCCGGGACAGACUCUCCGGUUCGGCGGCUCCAUUUCCUGGACCUCCUUCCACCAGCUCACCCGCAAAAUGUACCGCAACCUAGGAGAACUGCUGACCCGGGGAGCGGGUGGUCUCCUGGCCUCCGCCGCCGACUCGGCGCUGCCGGCGUCCGCCUCGCUGCUGCGGCGCCGCGGCUACAGCCAGGCCGCGGACCGGGGCGACGACCCCAACUUUUUCACCAUGGUGGAGGGCUUCUUCGACCGCGGAGCCGCGAUCGUGGAGGACAAGCUGGUGGAGGACCUGAGGACCCGGGAAACCCCGGAGCAGAAGCGGAAGAGAGUCAGCGGGAUCCUGCGGAUCAUCAAGCCGUGUAACCACGUCCUGAGCGUCUGCUUCCCGAUCCGGAGGGACAGCGGCGAGUGGGAGGUGAUCGAGGGCUACCGGGCUCAGCACAGCCAGCACCGGACGCCCUGCAAGGGAGGGAUCCGGUACAGCACCGAGGUGUCGGUGGACGAGGUCAAGGCUCUCGCCUCCCUGAUGACCUACAAGUGCGCCAUCGUGGAUGUUCCGUUUGGUGGAGCCAAAGCUGGAGUGAAGAUCAACACCAAGAACUACACGGACACUGAGCUGGAGAAAAUCACCAGGCGGUUCACCAUCGAGCUCGCCAAGAAGGGAUUCAUCGGGCCCGGAAUCGACGUUCCGGCUCCGGACAUGAGCACUGGGGAGCGGGAGAUGUCGUGGAUCGCCGAUACCUUUGCCACGACCACGGGACACAACGACAUCAACGCCCACGCCUGCGUGACGGGGAAGCCCAUCAGCCAGGGCGGGAUCCACGGCCGGAUCUCGGCGACGGGCCGCGGUGUUUUCCACGGCAUCGAGAACUUCAUCAACGACGCGUCCUUCAUGAACCGGGUCGGGCUGGCGCCGGGCGUCCGGGACAAGACCUUCGUCAUCCAGGGCUUCGGUAACGUGGGGCUCCACAGCAUGCGCUACCUGCACCGCUUCGGCGCCAGGUGUGUGGGCGUGGCCGAGAUGGACGGCAUCAUCUGGAACCCGCGCGGCAUCGACCCCAAGCAGCUGGAGGACUACAAGCUGGCCAACGGGACCAUCGUGGGGUUCCCGGACUCCACGCCGUACGAAGGCAGCCUGCUAGAGGCCGACUGCGACAUCCUGAUCCCCGCCGCCAGCGAGAAGCAGCUGACGCGGCGCAACGCGCACCGCGUCAAGGCCAAGAUCAUUGCAGAAGGAGCCAACGGGCCGACCACGCCUGAGGCGGAUCGGAUCUUCCUGGAGAGAGACAUUCUGGUGAUCCCGGACAUGUACCUGAACGCGGGGGGCGUCACCGUCUCGUACUUUGAGUGGCUGAAGAACCUGAACCAUGUGAGCUACGGCCGGCUCACCUUCAAGUACGAGAGGGAUUCGAACUACCACCUGCUGAUGUCCGUCCAGGAGAGUCUGGAGAGGAAAUUUGGGAAACUGAACGGCUCCAUUCCAGUCGUUCCCACAUCGGAGUUCCAGGCCCGGAUCUCCGGAGCAUCUGAGAAGGACAUCGUCCACUCGGGCCUGGCCUACACCAUGGAGCGCUCUGCCAGGCAAAUCAUGCAGACGGCCAGCCGGUACCAGCUGGGUCUGGACCUGCGGACGGCGGCGUACGUCAACGCCAUCGAGAAGAUCUUCAAGGUGUACCGUGAUUCUGGGCUCAUCUUCACAUAAGGUUCUGGUUCCGGUUCCGGUUCCAGACGCUACCCGCCUCCCUUGGCGCUCCUGCUGCUUCAUCGCUCCUCUUCCUCACAGCCCACUGGACCGCAGAGCCACCGCGCACUGAGGCCUUCAGACGGAUCAGAACCAUGUGGACCGGGCCGGAUCAAGGAACGCCCUGACUCCGACUACAGGUUGUUCUGAUGGACAGAACCAGGAAGUUCCUUCCAAAAUAAAAGCCCCCUGGCAGAAUGAAAGUUCUGCUGCAGUCAGAUGGACUGGGUCAGAACCACUGACUGGUUCUACUGGACCUCCACAUGGUUCUGGUCCCAUGUUUUCAUACACCUCGUUUACGUUUCUGUUACUUUAUCAACCCGGUUAAAGGUUCUGGUUCUGGUCGGGUUCUUGACUCCAGAUGGUUUUCUUUCCUCCAAUUUAAAUUCUGCUGCUUAGAUUCAACAAACCGACCCAAAACUCUCAGGCCCAGUUCUGGUACCAAUAUCAAAUCCAAAACCUCUUGAACCUUUCCAGUAGAGGACAGAACCCAACCAGAACCAGAACCGGGUUCCCAGCUGUCUGAUCAUGAAUGUGUUUUGACCAAAGAUCGCCCUGAAAAGCUGCAACAAAAUAUUUAACAAUUUAACAUAAAACUAGAUUUUAUUUUCAGAAUCGUCUGAAAACAGAUUUAUUUUUGUUUUGUAGAAAUAAUCAACUUUACCAAAGUGACUUUGCACAUUUCCCAGGGCCAGCCCAAGCCUUUUUGGGGCCCUGAGCAGAUCUUCUCUUGGGGCCCCAGACCAACAUGUCAACACCCAAACGUCAUCAUUUCUAGGCUACAUGGAGCCUUUAGCAUCAUUUAUAAC